CUAUGCAACUUCAUAACAACGUCAGAAUUUUUGAGGAGUGAAAGAUUCCAUCUUUUGACUUGGGUUAUAUUUUUAUGAAAAUCGUUUUAUCUCACGCGCCGCGAAGUGAUUGACAACUAAUGUGAUAAAAUUUAUCUUUUUGUUUAAAUAUCAACACAAUUCAGUGCAUGACAUUUCGUUCAAAGGUGCAAGUGUCGUGACAUCAGGAACUGUGCAGCCCGCAGUCCUCUAACACAUGAAGUUGUCACUGCUCAGUAUCGUUAAUUUCUACAAAAUGACAUAAUAUUACUGUUUCGUCCAUUAUAUUUUUCCUCUUCUAUGUGUUCAAGUUUAUUUGGCUUGUACCCAGUUGAUUUUUUUCUUCUAACCUCAGCCUUACGAAGUGUGUUUACCUCUGCGUGAAUAUGUGAAUGCAAGUCCUGCGACAAAGGAGGUAUCAUUAGCAAGUAAUUACUCAUCUCUAUCAAAUCAGAAACCAUUUUUUUAGCUACUAUAAGUAUCCACCAGAAAUCCGAUCGAAAAGAACUGCAUCAUUAGCUUGGAAUAUGUUGCUGGUUGUUACAACUGUUUCAAUAGGUGUCAUCAAAAGCAUUUUAACAGAUUCACCCUCAGCUUUUGCCUGGUCAACUGUUGUAUGAGCUAAAAUUACUCCUAUGUCUGUGAGUUGUUCACCAAUAUAUUCUAGUAAAUACAUAUGAUUUAAGUGGUGAACAUUCAAACAACUUUAAUGAAAGAUACAUGCAGAUUGCCACCAUGAAUGACGACGAAGAACCUCACUCAAGCCAAUCUAAUUCACACUGCUCCUCGAGUGGUGUCGAAAAUAUCUCCUCCCUCAACAACAUCACAAAUGGUUUUAAUGGAAAUCAGAAUAACCUAACUGGUCUCUACAGCAGUCCUGGUAGUAGCUCGUGUAUUGAUUCAUCAUUGCACAAUGACUGUGGUAAGCAUUGCACUGGAGCAAAACCAAAACCUAAGCAUCUUACUUGCAAUAUUCCGAAUGGAACAGCAGGCGGAGAGUGCUCUCGCAAAGUGAAUAACAUUGCCAACGGAGAUAGUCAUUAUAGAAUUAACAGCGAUGAGGCGAAUCUGAGUGCUUUUGAUUCAUAUGUCAGGAACAAUGUAGACUCACAACAAACUGUUGAUAAAUGCCCCCCCAAAGUUGGCAAUUGUGUGGAUGAUGACAGUUCCAGUGGAAACGAGGAUGAGUAUUGCAUCUACACCUACAAAGAGCCCCAAGACCGAAUGGCUGAUCUGCCAAGUUCUUUCUAUCAAUUAAACGUGGGGCCACCAAGGGAAGAAGUUGACCGGAAUUCUUCUCCAGACAUGGAUUAUUUAGAAAUGGACUUUGAUCCUGGACCAUCAUAUGGACUUGAUUCGGAGGAAAACUCAGAAUGCUCAGAGGUGCAGCCAGCAAACGAUCAAAACAUGUCGAAUUCGGACAUUCCGUUGUUGUUUAAAAAUUUACUUAAGUCUGAUAAUCAAACAAAUAAUUUAAGCACAUUACAAGACUGUGGUAGGUUCGACCUAGAUAAGCCAUCCUGUUCAAGAGACCAUAUGUGCAGGCCAGAGGGUUUAAAUGUCAAUAAAAUGAACAAUGACUCAUCCAAGUCGGAACGGAAUCCGAACCUACCAGAAACAGUGCCGAGAAAUGAAAUGUGCCAGAGCUCUACUUCGACAGAAGUUAGCCAGAGGGUUGAAGAAGUGCGAGAUACCAAAGGAAGUAACUCAGUUUCACCUUCAUUGAGUGCUGACGCGUUACCCUGUUCUAGUAGUUCUAGUAGUUUAAGUUAUCGAUUAAGCAAGCACAGUGCCGAUUUAUACUCACCUGGUGAAUCGUGGAGUGACAGUAUCGGAGAGCUGUCACCUGACAGCCAUCAACUGAAUCUGAACUCUGCGCUCUACCAUUGUGUCAUGGCAAAACGGCUCAUUCUUGAUAAGCAGUCAUCUUUCGUUGAACCAGACCUCUCCAACUUGAAUGAAAAUGGCUCAGAAAGCCCUGACAAUGCAGCCCCAGCCAUCGAGCAAACAAUGAUCUGGGCUGAGCAAGAAGCAGCACGAAAACAGACGUCGCAACUUGGAGUCUCAGCCUGUGGCGCAACCGCAGUCAUCAAUGCCAUGGUGGCGUUAGGUGUGCAUGUGUUGGUAGACAAGGUCAAAGCAGGUGUCAACACUCGAUUUCGUGCAGACUGCUCUCCACUUCCAGAAUACUUAUUCUCUCGCUCGGUCGCAGGCGCUUCCCAUUUUGAUCUUAUCAGAGGUCUUCAUCAUGCUUCGAACAACCUUAUUUAUGCCAAAUUUUUCCACAUGUAUCCAAAAAGAAAUAUCUGCCUGUCUUCAUGGCUGGCCAGUUGGAUCAAAAAAGGAGCUGUUCCAAUCUUAACAUUGAACCUGCAAGCUGGUGGGGCAGGUACAGAGGCUGACUGGUGGCACCAUCAAAUGGUGUACGGAGUUGGUUCCCGUGGAGUGUUCCUUACAAAUCCUCUGUCAUGCAGGAGCGAAGCGACUCUGCUGCCGCAAUUGUCCAGCCCAUCAAUCCUACUCAUCCGCAGGAGCGAUAUCAUCUCGCGCUGGAGUCCUGACACGGAUCUGAGACCCCUGACCAGGCAUCAGGAUCCAUUGUGGAAGAAACUGAACGUCUUGGGGCAGGUGGUAAACGUUCUGCGGCAGCAUGCGAGGAACGAAAAUCUGACAAAGCAUAUCUCAAUUCCAGCCGUUUAUCGAUCGGGAGUCACGCUUGCAGCUCUUAGAGAUUCGCCGGCAGGGCAGGAGCUUAUGCAUACACCUGAGGAGUUACCUCUUUUUGUGAAAGCAUCAUCACCUGUUCAGAACAGAGGAGAAAAUGAUAAGGAAAAAUCAAAAAAUGAAAGUAAAUCACCCGCUGAACCCUUUAGCUCAAAUAAUAAACCACUUUCAUCAAGUUAGCAACUGUCUAUGUUCAGUGAUACUCAUUAAAGGUGAUUCAGUUCUCUUCCUGAGCAUCUCUCUGUCAUCACAGAAUAAAGAUGAAGAAUUCUCCAAAGGUGCGAUUCUUGUAAAAUUGUAAAUUUAAGGUGCAAAGUAUUGUUAAGUCCUCAAAAUGGAGAUGCUUAUUCUUCUAGAAGCCAUAUCCGCAGAUUGGAUUCAAACCCUGUUCUUGCUGAAGAAGGGUUAGAAUGUCAAAAAUCUGCUCUUAUUUUUUUAUUAGCUUGUUCAGUUGAUCAAGGAGACCUUUGAAGUCAUCCUAUUGAACUGUUCUGUUUUCUUUUCUCAAUAUGCUCAUUUAGUUAGACCCAUUUUCAAGGUCAAUUUAUUUUUUCAAUUUUAAAAGAAAUGUGUACAUGAAAGACAUAGGAACUUCCAUCCUAGCUGUAUUGAACAUGAAGAGCAUUUUAAAUAAAUUUUGAUUCUUUUUUUUUUCAAA